UCACGGCACCUCAAGAUAUCUACCCCCCCUCGUCACCACCAUCACAUAAAGCAGACCCAGCAGGGCAAAUUAUUCAAUCCCAACACAGAUCCCAUCCCCAUGAGACGCACAACUGAGCCUGAAUCAAUUUCCGAUGCAACAAGCAGUUCAUCUCCGCCCCGUAACACCCCCACUUCCCAUCAGAGGGACCCUCCAGCAAGUCGUCAACUAUUCAAUCACAGGAAGGAUGAUCCUGUACGAUUUGCAGUUCUCACUCGUCCAUCCUCAACUGGUGGCCGCCCUCCACCUACACCUAAAUCAUCAGGAGACUAUGUCUCCACGUCUUCGACUUCCUCAUACGCUCAUUCUUUGACGUCGAGUUUUACGGGACCCACACAGGGUUCAGGCGUUAACAAACUUCGCGAUGCUCUCGGUGUUAAGGUUGAUUUCUCAGACGAAGCUGAUGAGAAGGAAAAGGAAGCAGGCAAGAAGAAGAAGAAGGCCGUCCAUCAGAAAUCCAAGGUCAAGGUUGAGAGGAUCGCCGAUGAGACUUCUGAAGUUUUGAAAAUACCCAACCAGUACCAUACCCAGCUCAUUGGUCAGAAUGGCAGGACCUUCGUCCUCGGGGUGAUGGCUCAACGACAACUGAGCCGGAAGCCAAGCUCAACCUUCCAGCCCCACGAGAGGGAGAUUGUUGGUACCACAUACACCUGGAGUAAUCCGAGCAGUGAAUUCAAUCAAAGCAAGGCGAGCCUCAUAAUGCCUUCCCAUUCGCAGAUCCAGGCACACGUGGUCCAAGCUACCAUCUCUAUCCCCCUCAACAGCCUGCUGAUCUUUCGUCGCCCAUUGUUGAUGAGUCGCCCGCCUACGCCUCCCAUCGUGACCACAUUCUCGCAGCCCAGCCCAUCAACACAACCUUAUCAUUCACAUACCUUCGGUGUUAGCCAUCCCACUCCACAACCUCCCUUUCGGAUAUCGAUGAUAUUCUCUAUCCCGCUAUCCCACUACCGCGUUCUCCUUCACCUUCUCACCUCAGGCCUGAAUCCCACCAUCCUCGCCAAUCUACUUCGCCACUUUGAUGGCCGAUCCAACACAUACACCAUCUCCGCUCCCCUCUGCGCCUGUGCCUGUGGGGUGCACUGCAACUUCUUCAGCUUUGCUGCUGCAACUCAGUGCAUAAUCAAACCUCGGCAUCAAAUCGCUCACAUCAUUCUGCGGACCCAUUGGAACUGGCUUGAGCUGCAAGCCAUGGCUAAUUUGGCCAAGCCAAGCCCUCGAUUACCCAGGCUUGAAGCCCGAGCCGCGGCAACACUAGCUGUCGCAUUGUUAUACGCGUCAAAGUGGUCAACAGCGGCAAUAAGAGCCUCGGGACUGCGCAUGUUAGGACCAAGGUUGGGUAGAGGGCCGCUGGAUGUCACAAUACCAAAAUCUACAUCUGGUCAUGAAACUCCGGAGACAAGGGAGGGGGAGGUUCAUGUAACAGAACUGAAAAUCCUCGAGGAACUGGCUCAAUAUCUGCAUCACCCUGUGAGAUGA